AUAUUUAUUAUGCAAAACCGCACACACAACUUAUUCUCUCACCACAAUUAAAAAAUGGAAUUCUUUGAGAAAGCAGUGGCCGUUAGACUAAGAAGCCAUCUCGACAAAUACCUAGUGGCCGGAGACGACCAUCAAACGGUUCGGCAAAGCCGAACCGCGGGUUCAACACCGGCCGCGAGGUGGCUGAUCGAGCAUGUCGAGUCUAACGACCACGUCAUCCGUCUCAAAAGCUGUUACGGCCGUUACUUAACAGCCUGCAGCACCCCAGUUCUCUUAGGCACAACUGGCAAUAAAAUAAUCCAAUCAGUUACCGAAAACUCGAGGGACCUGGCUAUCGAAUGGCAGCCGGUUAGGGACGGGUUCCAGUUCAAGUUCAAGUCAUCCGUAGGGACAUAUUUGAGGGCGAACGGGGCGAUGCCGCCGUGGAGGAACACGGUAACACAUGAUGGAAGCUUUACUAGCUCGACGAAUAAUUGGAUUUUGUGGGAUGUGGAAGCUGUAGAUGUUGUGGAGGAUGAGAGUGUUAGUAACUGUUUAUCGAUAGUUCCGAGUUUUCCAGUCGUGUUCGAUGAAAUUUCCGGCCCAGAAGUCCGGUCUCCGAUGUCCCGUUACGCUUCUAGCUUCUCGCCUCCAACCCCUGCCCAAUUGAUGAAGAAGGUGAAAAUGUUUCGUGGUCGCAUGACAGUUACAAACACCCAACUUCAAACCAAACUUAACAAACUCACCUCCUAUGCUUGUCACUCCCUUUCACACAAACUACCACAUUUUCGAUUAACUUCCCCUAUAAAGUUGAUCAAACACACCCAUUCGAUUCAACGACAAUCCGAACCACCCUCGAUGAACCUCCUUCGCGACGCCAAGGUCGUCCGCUUAAUAAGCCACCACGGAAAAUUCCUCCACGCCAACAGCGACCAAGUAUCCGUUUCCCAAGACCGCAAUGAAAGCAACAUGAACAACCGUUGGACCAUCGAAUUCGUCGAUGACACACCCGAUAAUGUCACCAUCAUUCGCCUCAAAUCAUGCUACGAUAAAUACUUAACCGCCUCGGACCAUCCUUUUCUGUUUGGGUUAACGGGAAAGAAGGUACUCCAGUCCACGCCAGCCCGCCUAGAUUCGUCUGUCGAGUGGGAGCCGAUCGGGGAAGGGAAGCAAAUGAAGCUCAAGACGAGAUACGGGCAUUACUUGCGGGGUAACGGUGGACUUCCACCGUGGAAGAAUUCAGUUACACAUGACAUACCGCACCGGACCGUUACCCAAGAUUGGAUUAUCUGGCAAAUCGAUAUCGUGGAUACCGUCGACCAAUCGAUGCAGUUGGUUCCGUAUUCGGAUUCGUUUACUUCUGAACCGACCUCACCAGCAUCGAGUUGGUCAAAGUCCCCGACUUUCUCCAAUCACGAGUCGAUUGAUUCGCCGCUUAAGAGAGAAGAAGGGCGAGCAAUACAUUACCGUGUGAUCUCGGACAAGUUUGGAGAAAGCGACGAAAAUGGACAAGGAUUUUGCAUUAGCUUUAAAGGAAACGAAGUUAACGAGUUGACUCGUAUGUUGGAAGAAGAAACAAGACUACACAAUAUAACGGUGUGUUCUCAAAGUCCGUUAGACGGAAAGCUCUACCCGCUUCGAUUACAGCUUCCUCCUAAUAACGUCACCAUGAAAGUCGUGGUGGUUCAAAACUCUAGCGAAGGCGAGAAACAAUAUCGGUUCAAGGUUCGAAGCUCCUCCAAAUCGUCUUUUGGAGGAUACUUUUGAGUUAUGACAAUAAACCCGUCAAAUUUAUCGUACAAGAUAACGGUAAAUUUGAUGGGUUUGUUAUACUUUGUCCGACUAUAGAGUCAUCAGGAAUAAUCUGAUUAUAGAGUUGUAAGGAAUAAUCUUAUUAACCGACAACUUCAUAAACCUCGAUGAACAUUUCGAGUUGCAAGUUGUUAAUAACACCUCUCGAUUGUGUCGUGAUGUAUGAGGACGGUUUAAAUAAGUUUGUAACAUGCUAAUAUUAUAUGUUUCUAAUUUAAUAGUGCAUUGAAUUA